AUGAAAAUCACUUUAAAUAAAACAGAAUACAAAAAUGUAUAUGUUCCAAAUGAUGAUUCAUAUUUAUUUUUGGAUGCUUUAAAGGAAGAGAUCCAAUACUUUCCUUAAAAUGCAAUCGUUGUAGAAAUGGGGUGUGGAUCAGGAAUCUUAAUUGGCAAUGUAAGCAAACUCUUGUAAGAAUAAAAUAACAGAGCUUUAAUGUGUGUUGGCAUUGAUAUCAAUUAUGAUGCUUGCAUUGCUUCAUCACGAAUUAUGCAAGAAAAUUAGAUAUAUUUUGAUUGUAUAAAUUCAAAUGGAUUUGAAGGAUUGGCUUUAGACAAAUCAGGAAUAGAUAUCUUUAUAUUCAAUCCUCCUUAUGUUCCAACUGAAGAUGAGGAAGUUGAAAGAUGCAAAAAAUACUUUAAAGAAAAGUAGUAACUAUUCGCACAAGCUUAUGCAAAUAAUUUGAGAGGUCAAGAUCUAAUUGAAGAAGUAGCUAAAGUUAAUUUAAUUGAUUGUUCAUAUUCAGGAGGAAAGGAUGGUAUGGAAGUUACCUGGAAGAUUCUAGAGAAAGUAACCAAAUUAAUGAAUGCGAAUGGAAUUAUUUAUCUCUUUGUAAUAUAGGACAAUCCUAUUAAUGAAAUAAUUGCGUUUUUUAAAGCUAAAGGAUUUGAAGGUUAUAUAUUAAAAAAGCAACAAAAAUACAACGAAAUUUAACUUAUCCUGAAAUUUGUAUAUAAUAAAUGA